AUGACUGCACCAUUGGAGGAUUUGAUAUACCACGAGAUACAAUGGUUGAUCAAUGCGUGGGCCGUACAUAGAGAUCCAGAGUUAUGGAGUGAUCCCGAAAGCUUCAAGCCUGAGAGGUUUGAAAGUGGUGAAGACAUGUCGUACAAGCUCAUGCCAUUUGGACUGGGAAGAAGGGCUUGCCCAGAAGCUCAUGUCAAAUUCAAUCCAAUCUAA